AUUGAGGUUCUACUGUAUUAAAAUUUUUAACAGACUUCAUUAGUUAUUUAAUCUUGAUAUCUUAAAUAUAUACAUAUUGAUUACAGAAAUGAUACAGAAUGUCUAAUCUUAUAUGGUUUCAAGAAUUUAUUAUUUGAGACUUCUUUAAUGCAAUAUUGUAGAUUAAUUUUUUUGAAGUAUAUGUUAUAACCGAUGUGUUAUGAUUGUUAAACUCCGUUAUGAAAAUAAGAAUGUAAAUAAACUAAUAAAAUUUUAAUAUUUUACUUUCCUCAAAUCUUUGAAUAGGAAUUACAUGCAAUAUUGUACACUAGGUGUACAUAUAAUUAUUUUCCACCAGCAAUAUUUCCCCUGCGGAAACUCUUUUUGUCCGAGCCCUGACACACGCUAGUCCUUUUCAACUGGUGACAAUGAGUUCUCUGUUCUCGCAUUGUGCAUGAUCUUUUUUGCUUUAUGUCUGCAAACGCUUCUUCAUCGUGCCCAACCAGGUUACGAAGAACAAAAUGUCUUGCCCAGUAAUAAAAGAAUUUCCGAAACCCGCGGAAGCUCUUCUUGUCCAAUUCCAGACCCUUUUCACUCGUAGUACUUUCGUAUUGCAAUUGUAAAAAGUUAAUCAGUUUUUUGGCAACUGCAGACUGCAAUGUUAAAAAUUAUAUUUGAAAUAUAAACUCCCUUUAAUUCUGUCAUAGAAUCAAAGUCGUGAUAAAACUAAAGAAAAAGUAAAAUUUUCAAAUGCAAUUUUCAAUCAAUGCAAGCAACUUCCAGAAACAUAUUCAAAAGAAUCAAGUCGACUAUAUAAGAAGUACAGACCAAUUGAAAUUGAUCCAUAUUUACCAAUUGAUGUAAAAGCAGAAGAAAUGACCAAUUGGAUUGUUGGAAAAGAAAAAGUAUUGAAAGGAGUUCCUUUUGAUCCUAAUGAAAUAGAAGAAGUAUCAAGAGUUUAUGGUACAGAUUUACGAGAUGGUACCGAAGAAAUUUUUAAAAAAUUUGAUUCUGCUAAUAUCCCAGUGCUCGUAUUUAGUGCUGGCUUAGGAGAGGUUGUAGAAGCUGUAUUAAGAAACAAAGGAAUCCUCUUCAAUAACGUGAAGGUAAUUUCGAAUUUCCUUAAAUACAAAGAUGGGAAGAUAGUAGGAUUUAGAAAUAAAAAACUGAUUCAUGCUUUCAACAAAAAUGAACAUGCAGUAGAACAAGAAUAUUUCAAAAUUCUUGAAAGCAGAAGAAAUGUUCUCCUAAUGGGUGAUAGCUUGGGUGAUGCAUCAAUGAUAGAUGGUAUGAAAGACAUAGGUGCAGUAUUAAAAAUAGGUUUUCUAUAUGAUCAUGUAAGUAUCAAACAUAGUAAAUAUUUAUAAUAGAGGAAUACUCUCAAAUGA